GGAAGGCCGCGUUGCGUCAUUUGCGCUCAACGUGAAGACGGCGACUGAGUUCGGAGGCCUUGGGCGUGCAGUGGAAGAGUAGGCCGAGGGCUCGCUCGCUCGCUCCGACCGCACUCCACGCGUCUCGCCCACAGCCUGCCCCGGGCCCAGAAGCGCUGCCACUCGCCUGAGGAAGAGUAGGCCGAGGGAAGAGGAGGAGGAGGGGAACUAAACCACGAUGGGCGCCAAGGUGACCAAGUCGUUGUGGAGGGCGGCGCGCAACGUGAACUUGGAGAGCCGCGCGAUGGAGGCGCUCUCACGCGAGAAGCCGCGAGCCGCUCCCCGCCACCGCGCGGCGCCCGGGGCCGAGCUGCCCCCUCAAGAGCGAGAGGCGAUCGCGGAAAAGCUGCGAGCGCGCGAGGAGACGCUGCUGGCGCACCUGCAGAGCGUACGCGUCCACUCCACGGACACGCCGGGACAGGUUCUGGAAGACGAGUGGAUGAGCCUCCGCACCCCGACGGGAGCCGCGAUGUCAGCACCGUCCUCGUCCCCGCGUCACCGCGAGCCGCUCGUCCACCUCCCGUCGGCGCUGGCGGACUCGCCGCACGCGGCGGCGUCCGUCUCGUCGGUGCCGCUGGGCCGCGUGACGGUGGCCGAGGCCGUGCUGCUGCUGGGCCUGGAGCGCUCGGGCCCCGCGGCCCGCUCGGACGCCCGCGUCGCCGACCAGUUCGGCCUCGACGAGCGGUCGGUGCGCGCGCUGCGCGAUAACUUCCACGGGUUCGACAUGCACGUCGAGCCGGCGCCCGGCAAGAGGAUCGCGGCAUCGGCGGUGCCGUCGCCGCCGCUGCCGCCACCGCCGCCGCCUGUGAGGCAGCUGCAGCAGCGGCAACAGGACCAGCAGCUGCAGCGGCUGCAAGGGCCGCAGGGGACGGCCGUGAAGCCCACCUGACCUGCGGGGGAAUGCAGGGUGGAGGGAGGCUCUCGCAGUGGCACUGUCGGAUGACGACGUGGAGCCGAGGUGUUGGGGGCGAAGAGCGCUGGGGUCCGGUGCACUCGGCGUCGUCGUCGUCGUCAUCGUCGUCAUUAUCAACAUGGUCGCCAGUAGCAGCGGCAGAGCUGUCAUUGUCACAAGCAGCAGCAAUCUCUGACAUCAGCAGCAGCCUCUAAAUCAUCAGCAGCAGCACAAGAAGCAUUAUAAACAGCCUUUAUUAUCAGCAGCAGCUGCAUUUGAAAUCAUCAGCCAUGGUCGAUCCACUGCUGGAUGAAGGCCUCCCUGAGCAUCGCUCGGCAUGCGCAACUUCAUCAGCGUGCGACGAGGGGAGGAGAGAUGCCGGAGUUUCUGGCUUGUUUAUUUGUAGGGAGCCUUUCCCGCAAUUGCCCUGAAUUGUGGCUGUUGGAGGUUUUAGCGUAAAUGGAAUGUACAGCGCUUUGCCAACCCACUGCCUGACGAGCUUGCCGUUUGGUCACGGCCAAAUUGUGCAGCGAUGUUAAAUAUCGAGGCCCCACGCCGCGUCAGUCGUUGGAGUCGUUUGACCAAUCGUCACAGCGGCGUUGGAAAUCGAAUGUUACCCGGCACCGGUUUCACUCGUGCCCCCGGGAAUGACCCGGGGUCCGCACGGUUUAUAGCGCGGUGCGCUGAUCACGGGGGGGCCUCCGCUUCGCCCUGGAUGUCUUGUACAGAGCAGAGGUCGCAAUCGGGUACCCGAUACCCGUACCCUACCCGAUACCCGGCUACCCGUACCCAGCCGGGUACGGGUACAGGUACCCGUUUGCGACCCUGGUGCGGCCGGGUACGGGUAGGUCGUGAGUCACUGUUGAGUAACCGUUUGUCACUCAUUUCGGGAAGGGUACGGGUAGGGUAAGGGUACCCAUUUGCGACCCUGGUGCGGCCGGGUACGGGUAAGGAAUCAAAACCCGUUUGCGACCUCUGGUACAGAGUAAUCCCCGCGACACCUCACAAGCAAAGCAGGGUGGGGGGCGGGGGGGGGACCCUGUCGAGGGCUUUGGAUGGACGAGCAGCCGCGCGUGCAAGGGUAGGCGCAGCUGGAAGGCAGCGCAGCAAACUCCCACCACUACUUUUCUGUGCUCGCUCCAUCCUGACCAACCCCGCUCCGACCAGCGUGAUGAGGUCUGGUCAAACAUGUCUCUCGCCUCGCCCCGCUCAGCGUGGGCAAGGCCGGACGCUCUCGUCCAGCAGUGGAUUGACAAGCGGGCUGCGCGGGUGAUCUGUGUGCGUGUGAGAUCGCGUAAUUUAUAAAUGGGCGGGCGGGCGGGCGUUUGUUUGAAGCUGUUGUCUUCCUCGCUGUUUAAUAUUAAACGCCAUCGGUGCAAUGCAUGCGAGCGUCAUCCGGCGUACGUUCCUUCCGAGCGGCCACCGUCGAAGCUACAAUCGCGGCGCCAAUUGGCGUCCGUACGCACACGCCGCAUCUCCAGACGGUUAUCAGGAAAAGUAAAAUGAGUUGGCUCUACGCACGCGAAGUCUCGACUUGAACAUCGGGCAGCGACGGAGUCUCAACCGCGCCGAGCCUCGAGAGGGACAGAAUUCCAGACGGCGGGAGCAGAAGCUGAGCAUGAGCGACCUCCGAUGGCCUCUGUGGAGGAGGCUCGUACAGGAUGCUACUGGGCAGUUGAAGGCAGUCGCCCUCCGACAACAGCAGAGGGCAGAAGAGCAAUGCUCACAACAACGAGCGGAGUGCCGGGUGGCUAAACGCAGCGUAGUGGCACAGUGCUGA